UAUGUAACCACCAUUGCUGGAGGAAACUCAAAUGAUAUUGGACAUAGAGACGGACCUGCACACAACGCAACUUUCUCUAGUGACUUCGAGAUAACUUUUGUUCCUCAAAGAUGGUGUUUGCUUGUCUCUGACCAUGGAAACGAACUGAUCCUUCAGAUAAACCUAAAGGAGGAUGAUUGCCUCGAAAUCUCUCAUACUUGUAUGUUUGUUUUUGUAAAUUUUGAUAUACUCUGCUUUUAGAAACUUCAAAGACUCUUCUUUUGAUGUUUUCAGGUUUAGGGUCAUACUCUCUUUGGUCAUUGGAUUUGCUGCUCGCCCUUACAUCACUCAUCAUACAGGAAGAAGCGAAUCACCACUGGUUUCAUCAUGACAUGGAAGCUUCUCCUAAUCAAAUUGGGGAAACAAGUUCGGACCUUCUUCUCCUACGUUAGAAACUUAGUUGCUGGAUCGGUUGUAGGAUUUUCAAAGAUAGCUGAGGACAGCGCUGCAGCUCGUGGUUAUUCCUCUGCUGACUAGGCUUUUGUUUAAAAGCAGAUGAAGUAUGCGUCUUCAGUAAAAUUGUUAAUGUUCUUGGAACUAAAAAUAGCUUUGUGCUGAACCUUUGCUUAAGAAUCUUUAUGGAAGUGCUCAUCUUUUUCCUUAUAUCACGGAAUGAAAUUAAUGUGAUUUCUAGAAUUUAUAAUGUUUCCUUUUAUUUGUUGUAAAAAUAGAAAACUUACUAAGAAAGGUUAAAAGCCCAACUGAAGCCCAUAAUUGAAUCCCUCCGACGAUGGAUAUAUAACUAAAGGUCACUCACCAGUCGCCAGAAUCUUUAAAAAAAAAGAAGCAUGCACGAGGAGGAGGAGAAUAUGUUGACGUUGGAGAGUCCGUCGGAGGUUUAUUGCAGGGCGUAUAGGGAUUACUGGCGUAAAGUGAAUGAAUCCGAUGGCUUCGAUCUUGAGAAUAUUUCAACACCACCAUACUAUAUGUUCAAAGGACUGCUUCCCUUCGAUUGUGUAAGUUGUGGUUAUCCUUAUCCUGUAAUGGUCAACCUUUAUGCUAAAGUGGGGCUUCAUCGUUACAAUAUGUUGAAGGGUACAAACUUCCAGCUUGAUUCCCUAGUGAAAUUCAACAUGUUACCUAAUUGUGUGUCCUCUUUCUACAUAUCUCUGCUUGCACACGAUCCAGCUCUUGACCCAUUGGAAAAAACCUUCCAGGUGCGAGUUGAUGAGCAAAACGCCAAUUGUUUGGAUUUUACGUGCUCCAUUGCUAGACUUAAAGAUGAAGGUGACUUGUUUUGCACUAUUGUUCUUUCCUCUCUUUUUUUUUUGGUUUUUAUGAUCACGAAGAACCCCAUGAUACCACACUUUCAUGGUGCCGCAGUGGCGGAUGGUUUCUUCAAAGGUGAAUUGCCUGAUUGGCCGUCAGAUGAUUCUUUGAAUGAUGAGAAACGGUUUUACUUGCUGAAGGAAUCAGAGUGGCAAGCCAAUGAUUGGAUUUCUAUGUAUUUGGAACUUGUAAUUUGUGCACAUGAUAGGCGGAUUAAUAAGAGGGACGUUCUGUCCCAAUUGGAGAUUCUGGAAGUGGCAAUAGAAACUGGUAUCGAAGAAGUGGAGCCGCCAAACGAGAGACUCGAGGCCAAAAGUGCAAAUGUCUACAUUAAGUUUAAGGGCAUGGCAAAUGUUAGAUACUUUAGAAUGAUUUUUGAGAUUGGUGAGCAUGUCGAACGCAAAGCUGUAGUUAGAAGAGUCCUCGAUGAGGAUAGCGGCUACAUGACUCUUAUGGGUAAGUUUUGUGGUGGUCAAGGUACCAAAAAGCGACCUCGCUCAGACAGUUAGACUAGUGCAGUUCAUGGAGUAUUACCGUCCGCGUGAUGACAAGAUCCAUCGAAUGUGUGGAUCAGAUAAUCACAUGCGACAAAAUCAUAUCAUUUCCCAUUCUAGUUGUAAACUAAUUCUUACAUCUGAAGGCCCUUAAUAAGAGGAACCCAACCUAGGAAUAUACUACAACCAUAGAAAUUUUUGCACAUAUUGGGUUUUAACUUAAUUUUGGAAAAUAGGAGUUAUCAGAACAUUUGAUUUGUCAUAUAAUUUAAACUAGAUCAUGACCCGCGCUUCGGAAGCACGGAAUAUUUUAUUCAAAAUUCUACGAACAAUGUUACAAUUUUUUUUUAAUUUAUAAAAAAUUUGUCUAUUUAAUAAUUGGCAUUUAAAUCAACACUUUUAAAUCUAACUUAUACCCUCGAGCCGGUAAACCUGUUAAUCUGAUAUGUAAUCCAAUUUAGAUUGGUUAAAGGGUAAUGGGUUAAGAAGUUUGACUUGAAUCCAUUUUGAAUAUAUCAUAUAGUAUGGCUAUAUAUAUAAUUAAUUGGUUACAGAGUAAUAUACUGCAUGGUGAUUAUCUCAUAGACUUAUUGGAUGGUGGUUAUGAAAUCUCAAAAUUAAACAUUAUUGCACGUUGUUUAUGAAAUCGAUUGGGCAAGAUUUUUUAUUUUGAAUAUAAGGCAUAUGGGCCAACUGAUAAAUAAAUGAAUAUAAGGUAUUAAUUUAGCAAAAUAGAAUAAGGAAAUGAUUUACUAAUAUUAAUUGUUAACUAAUAGAAUCAGAAAAUAUAUCAUAUCUAAUAGUAAGUCCAACUUAAAAUCCACCUAGAAAAAGUCACAAUGUUUUUGUUUUAAUAAGAUAGAUGCAUUGUUUUAUGUUAUGCAUUUUAAUUUAUAUGUUUUGUAUGAUUAUUUUAAUGUUACAUUUGUGAGUUUAGAACUAAAAACUGAGUAUAACAACAUAGUUAGAAACUUUAGGGAAAACAUAUAAAUAUAAAACAUAAAAAAAAAUUACAUAAUUAAUAAUUAAUAAUUUUUACAUAAACUAAUAAUUUGUUUGUUUAUGGGAAAUUCAACUUAUAUAUAGAAUUACAAUUUAAUAUUAAUAAUUUUUAUAUUUUUAAAUACAAUCAAUACUACUAUAAUUUUAAGAUAAUUUAUUUCUUUUGUUUAAAAUCAUACAAUGAGUUUAUGAAUAUUAAGAAAAUCAAAAUUUUGAUUGUUGGAAUGAGCUUUUUUAAUGGGUCAUGAAUGUAAUGAAUUAAAUUAAUGGUUAAGUAUAUUUUGAAACAAAAAAAAUCAAAAGACUUAAUUGUCAUUAAUGAAAAUUUUAAUAACUUUGGUAAUUUAAGAAGAUUCUUUUUCAUGAAAAGCGUAAAAUCAUGUUUUAAUAGUAUUUAUAUAUAUUUCUUGUUUUCCGUUUCUAGAAUCUAUAAUGUUCACAAGCCCUACUAAAGCCCUUCUAAACAUUACUAAGAAAGGUUGACAAGCUCUGCUAAAGCCCAUAAGAGCAUCUCCAAAAAGAUUAUUUAUUUUAAAGUUUACAAAAUUCUGUAUUUGAAGUUUUAAAGUGUUAUUCUCCAAAAAGAAAAUUCAAACCUAACUUCAAAGUAAUUUAUAUUUUAUUUUAUAGUCCUUAUAUUUUUUUAUAAUUAAUAUAAAUCCAUAAAACUUUUAUAAAUAACUAGCACAUAUAUAAAAAUAUUACAGCAAUAUUAAUUAUUAAAAUCUUACUAAAAUAUAAAAUUAUAAAUAGAAUACAAAAUUAAAUAUUAAACUACAAGCAAAAUAUCACAUUAUUCCAUAAAAUUAUUUCUGUAAUGCUCCAGCUUCGGUUAUACAAAUUUGUUUGGACAAUACUUUGGAGAUUUUGUAGGCUUCAGAGCAAAUUUACAAGACUAUUAGUGUUGUUGUAAUAUUUAAACUUGUGUAAUAGUUAUGUCUUCAUAUACCUUAUACAAAUUUUUUUUAUUAAGUUUCUUUUGUAAUAUUCUUGUUGUCUAAUUCUAGUUUUAAAAUAAUAUAAAUUCUAUUUUAAAAUUUUAUUUAAUUGUAUAUGUAAAACUUGAAUUAAUAAAACAAAUCUGAAAUAUUUUUGAGAUAUAAAAAUUUUAAGGAUAAAAAUGUUAAAGAAAAUAUUUAAGAAUUUUAUUGUAAUGUGUAAUUAAAUAUAAGAACCAAAAUGCAACAAAAAAGAUGUUCUAGUUCCCUCCAACGGAUGUAUAUAACUAAAGUCACCAAUUGCCAGAAUCUUUUAAGAAAGAAGAAACCAUGCACGAAGAGGAGGAGAAUAUGUGGACCUUGGAAAUUCGGCCGGUGGAUUUAGACAGGGCGCAGAGGGAUUACUGGCAUCAAGUCCGUCAAUCUGAGGUAAGUCUUCCAUCCUCUUAUCUUAUUGUUUACAGAAUUUAAUUUAUACUAUGAAUUGUUCUUUUGUCACACAAAUUUUGUUUUUGCUUUUGAAGGUUAAGAAAUCAGAGUGGCAAGCCAAUGAUUGGAUUUCUAUGUAUUUGGAACUUGUAAUUUGUGCACAUGAUAGGAUGAUCCACAGGGUAACUUUUACAUAUCAAUUUACAUAUCAUGACUGACACUAAUGGUAAUAAUAACAACUAACAUCAACAAUGUUGUUGUUGUUGCUGCUACAGAGGGACGUUUAUCCCAAUUGGAGAUUCUGGAAGUGGCCAUAGAAACUGGUGUCGAAAAUGCAUGUGGAGCCACCAAAUGAGAGGCUCAGAGCCAAAUUACAUAUACAAGGAAUUACAAAAACCAACGUCCAUUUGGUUUCUCCGUGUACAUACAAACCACCAGAGAAACUUCAGAAAGAUAUUUUACACAAAAAGAUGAACACUGCAAUUCUAAGAGGGGGGGGGGGGGGGGGGGGGGGGGGGGGGGAGAUGUAGAAGAAAACACCUUUCUCAAGCUCGGAAAAAGAAAAACACACUGACAAAAAUUCUCAUGUUAAACUUCCUGUACACAACCCCAAUCUCAAUAUUUUCCAAGUUAUUUGUUGGUUUUGGUUACUCACACUGACACACUUCUUCAGAAUCAUUUAUUGGUUAUCAGAUGAUGCUCUCAAACGCUGCAGUGUAUGUGAGGAGGAUUCUUGUUGAUACUCAGGCUUCGAGCUGCUUGAUGCAGCAGCUAGUCCUCCUAAUAGCUUCAAUACGCAGAGACAUCAUCUAAGAAGUUGCUUAGCUUUGUUUGGUUUUCUUCCCACCGUGCAUGCAAAGAUCUUUGGUUGCACUGGGAAGUCAGUCAGGGUUUGUCAUUGAGCUUAAUAUGCUUUCAAACAUGUCCGCAGCUGAUCUUUUAUCUCCUAUACACAUCACCAUGUCAGUUGUCUUAGUUUUUUUUUUCCAGUCUCUAUUAUAAAACUUAGCUGAGAGAAGCAUUUUAUGCUAAACUCUUGAGCAUGUAAUAUACAUUAUGGAGUAACCGUGUUCAGCUGCUAUUCCAAGAUUUUUACAUGGGGAUAGCAAUCACUCAAAGACUCUUAGCCUCCACCACUGACGAUAAACACAGUAUUUUCAGGAUCUUCGCAAAGAGAUUUCAGAACAGAGAGGACUUCAGCAGUAGGGGUUUUGAUAAUAAAGCUCUCAGGAACGAGAGUGCCAUCAUAGUCCAAAAAUAUUUCCCUUCUCUCCGUAUUUCUGUACGUCGAGACAAGGUGAUCUAUAGAUAGGGACAGAACUCUGAAACUCAAGCCAAAACCAAUACCCCCAACAACGUUUAUUAUAAUGAUCAUGGCACACCCUCUCAAAAUCAUGCACAAAGCUCUUUGCCCAAUGAAGCAAUGACCCACGUCAUGAGUACUAACAUAGUGAUAGUGUUUCUCAUGCCUAAAUCGCUUUUCAGCCUCACUCAUCUUGAGGGCUAAGUUAACCGCCUCUGCAACAGCAUCUACAUCUCAUGGGUUCACCCUGAUCACACCACUCAAAGAAGCAUGCUUGAGCGUGGUGAAUCAUGUAGUAGUCUCAUAACGAUCAAUCAAGAUAAUUGGCUGAUAUCCAGAAGAACCAUAGCGCUAAUUGAUCCCUUUUUGCAGUUAGAUAUGUCUCCCUAUCUGAUUGUUCCACAUCCUUACCGAGGUCAAUGCUGGAUUCAUUACUUAAAUCAAGACAAGUUUUCCUCCCAUAUGCCAAUAUGUAUUAAACAGAUGUUAUGUGGAUAUAAGUUUAAGGUUUAUGCCAUUAAAGAUGUACAUGUAGUAAAUACCAAGAAUCAAAUUUUUCCUCUUAAACUGUUUUUGAAACUCUUUUCAUUUUUCAAAAAAGAUUCUACCCUACCCAUAUGGAUGCCAAGAGGAAGAAUCUUAAUAAAAAAUAUUCGACCAAAGUAAUCAAUCAUGAUGUGCAUGCGCUUAGAUUCAUAAUCAAGGCCAAGCAUCGUAAUCAAACGUGUGGAAACCAAUGAUAUUACAGUUCAAGAAUCGUCUCAUAAGGUAAUCUCGGACUGGCAAAGAGUGACAGUUUUUUAUGAGGGAGGGAUCUUGAUCCUGUUGAACUGCUUCCUCAUGGGAAGAAACAUUAGAUGAUAAUACUGAAUCUAGACAUAACCUUCCCCAGUUAAUGAUUUCCUUCAUCCUGUACUAAAAUAUCAUGGAUAUGGAACAUGGGAGCCAUAGAGUGGAAGAGCGACCACAAGUGAUGUUUACAAAAACCAUGAUAGACUUCUCUUGCAUCUCCCUUUGUAUAAACGUAGGAACACAAUUUAAAUCCUUCAUAAGCUGCCGGAAUAAAUAAAAAGACAAUCCAAGUCUCACAUUGGAUAUUAGACAUAAUAAAAUAUAAUAUAUAUAUUUGGUCCAGUCCCAUUUAGUAUCAGUUUUUUUUGGGAGUAACGACCCAAAAACAAAUCCGUGAAAGCUUAAGCCCAAAACGGACAAUAUCAUACUAACCAAGGGGUUGGACAUCUGAUUCUAGUUGAGCGUCUGGCCUCCAGCACAUGCAUCCAUUCUGGCUUUAGUAGAGCAUCUGGCCCAUGAGUGCAUCUGAUCCGUCACAACAGAUUGGUACCAUAGCCAGGUUCCUUGCUCCUUUGUUUGAGGUGAGGGGGUUGUCAAAAUAUAUAAAAAGUCAAUCCAAGUUCCACAUUAGAUAUUAGACAUAAUAAAAUCUAAUAUAUAUAUAUAUAUAUAUAUAUAUGGCCCAAUCCCUUUUAGUAUGAGGCCCUUCUAGGUGUAACGAUCCAAGAACAAAUUUGCGUGGGCGUAGACCCAAAGCGGACAAUACUAAGCGAGUGGUUAGAUAUCUGGUGAUGGACGUCUGGCCCUACUCGAGCGUCUGGCCUCCAGCACGCAUUCAGUCUGGCUCUAGUAGAGCAUAUGGCCCAUGAGUGCAUCUGGUCCGUCACAACAUAAGCUUUUGUGAAAUUUCUUCUUUGUGAUGGGAUGGAUAGAUCAUGAUAUGGAAACUUUUCGUGAGCUCGAAGAUAGGAGGAUCAAAGUCUAGAAGGUGGUCAUGAGGGAAGAAGGAUCACCUCAAUGAUCUUAGAUCUUAUGAUGAUACUGAUGAUGGUUGAUGAUGAAGGAUAUAAUGUUUCAGAGAAAAAAGGAGAGAGAACGUAAAUAUUCUUUUGAUCAUUUUUUCUGGCAAAACUGCCUUACAUAAAGUUUUUCACAAAGAUGAACCAGCUAAACUAAGACCCAAAAUUGCUAGACCAAAACAUAAAAUUAAUCAAAAUAGAUAUGAUGAACCCGAUUGUAUUUCAUGUUACAAUAUUCCUUUUUUCAGAACAGCGUUUGUCUCCAAAGAUGUUAAUCUUGGAAGCUUGUAAAGCAAGGAAUGUUGAAUCUCACGGUAAGAAUCUCCCUCCAAACCUUCUAUCUAUGUUUAUCUUCUUUCAAUUAUUCUUUCACAAUGCAUUUCAGUUGAUUCUCUGAUCCAUUAUUUUAUUUAUUUAUUUAGACAUGACUAAAGUGUGUGGUGAGAUUCAUUUGUCUCACUUUUCAUCAUGCUAAAUUCUCAUUCCGAAGCAUCAACUUUCAUGCCAAUCUUACGAAGCUCAUAAAUAGUCUGACAGAGUUUGGCCAUCAGGUUCAACUCUAGUUAAAUCUAGGUCUUUUGUUAUACAUGGUUUGCUCUGAGAUAUUUUCAUCUAAUUAAUCAAUAAACGUGUUGUAGGAAACCACAUAGCUUGAUGGGGUCACGAGACUUUUAAAACAAUAUUUCAGCACGACAAAAAUGGUAAAAUUUCUUGUGUUAUUUUCAAUUUUUGCAACUCACAAUUCCUCGUGUUAAAAUUUGGUUUUGGGUGGUAGAAUCUUUGACUGAAUUUUUAGUGUAUGUUUAUUUUUGAGAGUUUCUUAUCAUUGACUAAGAUAUUUCUUAUCAUAUUCUAACAAAUUUUACUAUGUCUACAGAUAUAUGUAUUACUUCUUACGUUUUACAUGUUAGACAAUGAAAAGAAAGAAAUCAGAAGACAUUUAACCGAUUUAGUGAGAUACUAAUAUACAUAAUCGUUUGAGCUAAAAAAAAAUAGAGUAUUUCAUGUUUAUGUGUGGAUUUGAUAAUUUUUUCCUCAUAAAAUCUCAUGAAAAAGAAGUGAUUGAUAUUCUUAGACUUAGAAGAGCUAGAUUUACCGUUCAUCUUCACAAGAGAAUCAUAAGGGAAAAUGAGAAUACACUAAGACAUGCACAACUAUAUAUGACAAAGAACACAUCAAAACAACAAAGAGAAAAUUAACCAUUCUUUGAAAAACAAGAAGAUCUAUUUGUUACACUUUUGUCGUGCUAUUUCUCUUGACUCUUUUCUACCACCAUUUGAUGUGUCGAGAGCAUCAAAAUGAAAAAGAUGCAUAAUUUCUAAAAAAAUUACAUAAUUUAUUGAAAGACUUGUUGUUUUGGAUGAAUGAAAGUUUGAAGUGGGUAUUUUUUUGCAAUUGAGCUAAAAAAAUAAAGGUUUGAACAAAUUGUGAACCAAUUUGUAGUCUACAUACUUUUGAUAUUAAAAUGUUAUUUUCUUAUAGGUUUCAAAUACAUACCAUGUUGACAGCUUGGUUUCAUGCAUGCAAAUUGAUGUUUUAGUCUAUGCGGUAUUAAUUUCAUACAUAUUUUUGCAUUUACAUUUGGAUUUCAGAUAUUUAAGUGAUAAUGCUUACUAACUUUGUUCUCUUCUAGAAAGAGAGGUACUCUAAGUUUGUUUCUUGUGCUUAUGAAAAACCGAUGUAUCUUGCUUGAUUUGGACAAUUAAUUACCACAUUUUCUUAACUUUUUCUUAAUUUUUCCUUAAUUUUUCAAAACGUUUUAUUGUAUUAAAACGAUCUCUUUGUGUCCUCCUCCGCAUAAUAAAGAUAUACUAGUUAAUAAGGUUAAAGGCAUGAAGUCAAUUCAUAGCUACUUUCUACAUGCAUGUAACUCUUUGUUUUUACAUAAUUAUAUGGCUUCAAUUUCAUCAUUCUUUUAGUGAAAUCUAUACAGUUACUACAAAUGAAAAUGUUUUUAGGAAGAAGCUCUUGGAAGUGUUCGUAAGAAGAAAGAGGCUCAACACUGUUAUGGAGAUACAAUUGAGAAAGGAUUACGUCAUAGAUUAUCAACCUUCAAGUGCCGAUGAACCUCAUAGUCUAAGAGGAAAACUACUGGUUUUUAGAGAAUCAACACACUGCAAGAAGCUUUGUCAAAACUUAAGAAUCAACUAAUGGGGCUAAUAUGUGUCAUUAUAUAGGAUUGCAUCUUUCAGGAAAGCGUAUCUAUUAUGGUCCCUAUUCGAAGUUCUACAAUUCUUUUGUCGGGCAUCGCGAUGUGAUAAUAGAGGCCUUUGAAGUUAUUGAUGGACGAUCAUGUAGCGGUUUGUAAAAUGAGCAAUGUUGAAUAUGUGGAUGAUGGAUGAUAUGUUUAUGUGUCCUUAACAACGGUGUACAUACAUGUGGGUGUACCUGCUGAUAAAAAGGAUUAUGUUAGGAAUUCAUUUGAGCCCACACAUCUGCUUAACAAUUUUAAGAUCCCAAUUUUUUAUGAUGGAAAGAUUGAUAAAAAUGAUGAAGAAAAAGUGGACACAGAUUCUUCCCAAGUAGAAGAAGAGAUGGACGAUGAUAAAAAAAAUAAAAAUAUGAAAGACAACAAAAAACCGGUGGAAGAAAAAAUGAAAGAGUUUACCGCAAAAACAAAGACUUUGUACGCAAGCCUCUCAUCAUGUUAAGGUAUUGUUUUUAAGACUAACCGGAAAAUAUUUGUAUACAGUUGUAAGUAAUAGUUAUCCUAGAGAAAUAAUUCAUCAACAAUUCAUGACUAGAAUGGUUUUAUCCGGAAAAGAGCUUUUGAGAUUGGAUCUCUUUUUGGUGAAUAAGAAUAAUGUCAAGCAACUGACAAAGGCGCUCAUUGAUUAUCUGGAAGUUAGCGAUGAAAUUUCAAAGAUAUCAUUAAAAGUAAGUAUUCUAUUGUUGAAAAGGAGCUCAUUGAUUACUCUUUGGAAACUACAAAGAGAAACUGACCAUAAUUUGAAACAUAAGAAGAUCUAUUUGUUACUCUUUUAUCUUGAUAUUUAUCUUUACUCUUUACUAACCUUCUGUUGAUGUGUAAGAGCCUCAAAAUGAAAGCGAUCGAGAAUUUCUAAAAUUGCGCAUAAUUUAUUGAAAGUCUUGUUGUUUUGGAUGAAUGCAAGUUUGAAGUGAGUAUUUUAUUACAGUUGAGUUAAACAAAAUAAAGGUUUUUUGAACAAUUGUGAACCAAUCUGUAGUCUACCUACUUUUGAAACUUUGUUCUCUUCUAGACAGGUACACUAAGUUUCAAGUUGCUUGCCAACACAUAUUUCUUGAUUUCGACAAAUCACCACGUUUUUCUUAUUUUUAUUAUAUUAAAACGAUUUCUUUAUGUUCUCCUCGGCAUAGUAAGGAUAUACUAGUUAAUAAGGUUAAAAGCAUGAAGUCAAUGUUUAGCCACUUUCUACAUGCAUGUAACUCUUUGUUUUUACAUAACAAUGUCAUCCUUCUUUUCGUGAAAUUUAUACUGUUACUCUAGAUGAGACCUUUUUUAGUCGGUACAUAAUAAAUACCAAAUCCUUAUUAUACUAGCUGUCAGAACAUAGUGAACUUGAUUUUUUUAGAGCUUUUGGUGAGAUUUCACUAGUCACAACAACUCAUGUAGCAGACGAGAUGUUUCCCUCAAUAGUUGAGAUUUUAGAGGUAUCUCUUAUAUAUAUUUUAUGUUUUUAUCGAUUAUAUAAUUAGAGACUAUCAACUUUAUGUUGUUAUUUUCUAUAAGAAAUACAUACAUAUCUAGAAGGGCAAAUGUGACGAAAAUAAGAGCUCCACACACCUGGAGUGCUUGUGAUACAUGUUUCAUCACUUUUUCAUCACUUGGUCCACAAGGUAUUCAUUCCUUCUAACUUAUGUGUUUAGUUGCUCAACUAAGGCUUUUUGUCUACCUUUUAUAACUUACGUUUUCUGUUUGACAUAUUUAUUAUGGUUCUUAUGCGAAGUUUUAUAAUUCUUUCAUCUCGUAUCACACUGUUUUAAUAGAAGUCCUUCAGAUAAUUGAUGAACAACUUGUGGCCGUUUGUAAAAUGAGAAAAGGUGAAGAUGUGGCUGAUGGGGGAUAUGUCUAUGUUUCCUUACCAAUUGUGUACAUGCAUGUAAGUGUACCCGAGAGGCUAAGCACUUCAAAUGACGAGAAUCUAGAGUACGUCUUUUUGCUAUGGAAAUGUAAUCUAUUUUAAAAUAGCUUAUAUUUCCAUAAAUGUCAGUUAAAUUUAACAAUCAUAUAUCCACAUGUUAUGAGAGAGGUUGAAAAUGAUAAAGAAACUUGCAAGAAUUUUGAAUCAACAUCUGUAACGAACUUGUAUGCUCAACGAGAA